AGAUUUCUAAGGACCCAACAUUAAUUAUUAUCAGAUAGCUGCGAUAGGUUCACAAUUCAAAGUCACUAAUUAAUACCUGUUCACCACAGCUUGUCCUCGAUUUGUUUGUUGUUCGUUAUUGGACAAUGUGAAGGGACUUGGAUCCUUUGGAGCUUAGCGACGCCUGAACCGAUUCUUUAGAUAAAAUACCGUUCUACGUUCUAAGCGUUCAUCCAUAGAUCGGCUUUACCAAUUUCCAUUCGAUCGCGCGACAACGGAGACGCAUAUCCCGAGACCGAAUCUAUUUCUUUUAAAUCGGAUUUCGCCUUCGUAGGCGAGGAUGAGUCGAGAUGAGAGCACGAUCGCUAUGGAACCCGAACAUGCGCCCGAGUCGAAUAACUUGGGCCUUUCCCUCCGACAGAGCGCAACGAGGAACGCAGCCGUGAAUACCAAUGUCCAGGGUCCUAACACACAAUAUCGAAGCCGACCGGUAACAGUUGCAGUUGAUCCAGUGUCUUUGGUCAUAUCAGAAUGCAUAUCAGUCACUUCUGCUAUGCGAAAGCAUGCCCGAUGGGCAGGGUCGUCGGUAUCUUCUAUACUCGGAGGCAAUCCCAAUCCCGUUCAGCUAGGCCCGCCUAGCCCUCUUCUACGACCCGGAAGCAAAGGAUCUACAACUAGCUUGGGGGGUGAUAGUGCGCAAGACUUUGGAAUCGCGAAUCGAUGGGGCCUCCGAGGAAAGAAGGGCAAGAGCUUUCAAGAUAAUCCAUUAAUGGCUGGGUUUGGCCGACUUCGCCAUGAAUUAUCAAGUUGCAAAGAUAUCCACGAAUUCGAUGCCCCGGCACUCCUCAACCCUUUCCUCCAAGUAAUCCAAGCUUCCUCGACCUCCGCCCCUAUAACCAUCCUUGCGUUGAAAGCGAUCCGAAAGUUCCUCUCUUACGGCUUCAUUAGUCCCGACUCGCCCCGAUUUCCCCUUGCUAUGCAAUCCUUGUCGACCGCCAUUACACACUGCCGUUUUGAGGCUAGCGAUUCUGCUCAAGAUGAAGUGGUUCUAUUAAUGAUCUUACACCUUAUGGAAGAUAUGCUUUCUGGGCCGGGCGGUGCGUUAUUGAGCGAUGAAAGUGUAUGUGAGAUGAUGGAGACUGGAUUGACCAUGUGCUGCCAGUCGCGAUUGUCUGAGCUUCUUCGAAGAACGGCUGAGGCGGCUAUGGUCCGUAUGUGCCAAAUUAUUUUUGAGCACUUGAAACACCUCGAAGUCGAAGCCGGUGACGAUUUGGAGGCUCUGGAUAAUCAAACGAAUGGGGAUAUGGAAGGAGUGAAAAUGAUUCCCUCUACGAAUGGUAAUGACGUUAUUGCAUCUUCCGAUGCUCCUACGGGUGAACCACGGGAAUCUUCCGGGUCCGAAGAUACCAUUAAUAACGUGGAGGAGAGUUCGGCAAGGGAAUCGGAGGAAUCUGAUGAUACCACAGAGAUCAAGCCUUAUUCACUACCGUCUAUGAAGGAGCUAUUUAGGGUUCUAGUGGAUCUCUUGGACCCUCAUGACAAACAACAAGGCGAUACGAUGAGAGUCAUGGCAUUACGUAUAAUCCACGUUGCAUUGGAGGUUGCUGGCCCAUCUAUAGCGAGACAUCCAGCUUUAGCUGUGGUCGCUGAAGAUCGGUUAUGUCGGCACUUGUUCCAGCUUGUUCGAUCAGACAAUAUGGCCAUUCUCCAAGAGUCUCUCAUAGUAGCUGGAACCCUACUUGAGACCUGCCGAGGAGUCCUAAAAUUACAGCAGGAGCUUUUCUUGUCGUAUCUCAUCGCCUGUCUGCACCCACCCGUCGAAAUACCACGCGAAACAAAUAUCGACCCUUCGCUUUACGAUGGAAUUCCACAACGGCCGAGUGGUGUAAAACCUCCCCCAUCCCAAGCAGGUAGUGGUAGGUCGACACCAGUGCCGGUUAAGGACCGACAAAAGCUGGGAAUGGAAGGUGGUGCACGCAAACCGGAUGCUCGUCAAGCAAUGGUUGAAAGUGUCGGUGCUCUGACUAGAAUGCCGGCAUUUUUAGUCGAGUUGUUUGUGAAUUACGAUUCUGACGCGAAUCGUGGUAAUUUGUGCGAAGACAUGAUUGGACUGCUUUCAAGGAGCGCCCUUCCGGAUUCUGCGACGUGGAGUACAACUAGUGUUCCACCUCUAUGCCUGGAUGCACUUCUUGGCUUCGUUCAGUCAAUAGCUGAUCGCCUAGAUGACGAACCUGUAACAGAUGGGUUACCUGAUCAAAUGACACUUCGGGAAGAGAGACGAAGAAAAAAGAUGAUCAUAAAAGGGGCGACGAAAUUUAAUGAAAAGCCGAAAGAAGGGUUAGGUUAUCUUAAGGAGCAAGGAGUUAUCGGCGGCGAUUCUGCGUCGGCCGCUAAAUUCCUUAGAAGUACCUCACGAAUUUCCAAGGCAGUUCUCGGUGAAUUCUUGUCAAAGAAGGGCAAUGAUGAGUAUCUCGAGGCCUUCUUGGAUCUUUUCGAUUUCUCUGGGAAGCGUGUCGAUGAAGCAGUCCGGCUUCUCCUCGAGAGCUUCCGACUCCCUGGCGAAUCACCGCUUAUCGAGCGAAUAGUGACUGCCUUCGCGAAGAAGUACUUUGCAACCUCUGGUUUCGAUGUUGUUGCGAGCGAGGAUGCUGUGUUCAUCCUCACAUACGCAAUCAUUAUGCUCAAUGUCGAUCAGCAUAGCCCCAAACUCAAGGGCAAACAGCGUAUGGAAUUCGCAGACUUCGCGCGGAAUUUACGGGGUGUUAACACUCCCACCAAGGAUGAUCCCCCCAGAGAUUUCCCUCCUGAAUUUCUGGAGCUAACUUUCGAAGCGAUCAAGUCUAACGAAAUUAUUCUUCCGGAUGAGCAUGACAAUAGGCACGCAUUCGACUAUGCAUGGCGAGAGCUUCUACUUAAGACCGAAUCCGCAGGGCCACUAGUUCUCUGCGAUACCAAUAUCUACGAUGCCGAUAUGUUUGCUACAACUUGGAAGCCAAUUGUCUCGACAUUAUCUUAUGUGUUUGUGUCAGCAUCGGAUGAUGCAGUUUUCUCCCGAAUUGUAACUGGUUUCGAUCAAUGCGCUCAAAUUGCUUCCAGAUAUGGCGUAACGGAUGCACUCGAUCGGAUUAUUCAGAACCUCAGUUAUAUGACUAAUUUAGAUUCUGAUGAACUAUCGAACACCUCUCUCAAUACGGAAGUAAAGGUAUCAGAUGAUAGCGACAGCGUUAUGGUUAGUGAACUCGCCGUUAAGCUCGGCAGGGACUUCAAAGCGCAACUUGCUACUCUUGUACUGUUCCGUGUUGUCAAGGGAAGUGAACAGGUUAUUCGCAACGGUUGGGAGCAUAUUGUCCGCAUCUGGUUGAAACUCUUCGUCAACUCUCUUAUACCCUCAUUCUUCAAUAAUGACUCCGAAAAACUAGCGCUGCCUAGGAUUCCUCUUCUUACGCCAUCCCAAGUCAUUGACCGUGCUACGAAGACUACCGAGACCGGUUUCAUUUCGGCGUUCUUCUCGUCUAUCUCCAGUUAUGCGGCUGAUGAUCCACCAGAACCCUCAGCUGAGGAAGUUGAGAGUUCCCUAAGUACGGUGGACUGUAUCAAAGCCUGCGACCUGGAAAAUGUCUUCGCAAAUAUAUUGGCUCUUUCAGCAAAUUCCCUCGCACCGCUUGUUGAGGCUCUAUUGAACGAGCUUCCCGAUGAUGAAAGCUCAUCUGUACCUGUAAUUACCGUCAAGCCAGAAAGUCUUCCUUCGUCGCCUUCUAGUGCAUCGAAACCUACCUCUACGAAUCCCGGCUACAAUCCCGCAGUUGUGUACAUCUUAGAAUUCUGUACCGUCCUUGCAUUGAGAGACAAUAAUACGAUAGAAUUGCUCGGUAAACCCGUCGCCGAGGCUCUUCAGAUGUUCCUGCGAGAUUCGGCUCAGCACCACCCAAUCCUCGUUUCACGAGCAGCCUUCUAUCAGUUCAGCGUAUUAAAAGUUAGCUACGAUCACGAUUUUGUACGAGCGCCUGUCCUUUUACAUGCCAUAUCCAGUUUCCCGAAAGAUACCCUUGCGAAGACGUCGCAGUUAGUUUUACAAGGCUUAAAGCAUUGCAUCGACCAACCAGGACCUCUUCGAAGCGAAAUUAUGACUUCACCCGAUUUUUGGGUGAUCCUCCGCACUCUCGCCGGCAGCUCCAGUGCAUCUCCGACCGUUUUUGAAAUAUUAGAGGGUGGAGUGUCAGGUUCCCCGUCGCCAAUUAUUGCGGACAACUAUGAAGCUGCGAUUUCCUUGUUGAACGAAUACGCAACAGCCGCUAAAGUCGGCGCACAGGUCGAGCAAAAAGGCGAAAGAAGGCAGCGAAAUGCUCGACCCACUAAGAAGGAGGUUUCGAGUGACAAUGCCGUGGUUUCGCGAGGUGUGAAAGCUGUCAAUCUUAUUUCUAGUAUGACGGCUCGUAUCCCUUAUUUGAUGAAGCAAUCACAUCUUGAAAAUAGUGAAGCUUGGUCGGCAUACUGGCUACCUAUUUUCCAAGCCUUGACAACACAAUGCACCAAUCCCUGCCGUGAAGUCCGGUCCUUGGCAUUUUCGUCCCUCCAGAGGUCCCUUCUCUCUCCCGAGUUGACAUGUAGUGAUCACGAAGAAUGGACCGCCAUUUUUGGCGAGGUUUUAUUCCCUCUCAUUUUGAGGUUGUUAAAACCGGAAGUCUAUUCGUCGGACAGAGACGGUAUGAGUGAAACAAGGGUGCAAGCCGCUUCACUCCUCUGCAAGACGUUCUUGCAAUAUUUAGUGCUCCUCUCGAAAUGGGAUGGCAUGCUGGAUCUGUGGCUGAAGAUUAUUGAUAUCAUGGAUAGGCUCAUGAACAGUGGCCAAGGUGACAGUUUGGAGGAGGCUGUACCUGAAAACCUGAAAAAUGUACUAUUAUUCAUGUCAAGUAGCGGAUACCUCGUACCACCGAGCAAGGACCCAUCCCAAGAGAACCUAUGGGUGGAAACAUGGAAACGAAUAGACCGUUUCUUACCCGAUUUGCGCAGUGAGUUGGCGUUGGAAGAACCAGAACCGGAGCCAUCAGUCGAAGAGAAGAAGCCGCAGGCUGAACAGCCAGCCGAACAAGAAGAGGGAAAGAGUCCUGCUCCAGAAUAAGUGGCAGCAGCCUGAUUAUUUGUAAUCAAGAGGUGUAGUGUGCGUAUUAUUUGCGAUUGAGUUACAGAUUAUAGACGAAGCAUCCAGUACUAUGCAAGAGAAAAGCAGAGAAAACUGGCUUUAGGGAUUGUAUAGUAGAGAGUUGAAAAAGGGGACGACCCCCAGAGGUGGAAAUAUACCUAGGCAUUUAUAUAUUCUAAUUAAAACGUCGUAAAUAAUCUUAAAUCUUACUUAUGAUACUCAAUCUCUUCGAUGAAGC